AUGAGCGUUUGUGUCUGGCUCGGACCUGAUCAGCUUACCAUCGACAUCCCAGACCUUGUCGUUUUCUUCAUAUGGCCGGGGAAGAAGAUUAUCUUGCGAAUCUCCAUUCUCAAUUUCACAAACCCUUCCGACCUUACCGUCAUCGAUUUAGACAGACCGAGCCAAGAGAAUACCAUGUCGCCCGAGACAAGCAUCAUAUUUCACGAACUCCUCAACAUCAACACCUCCCCGUGCCUCUUGUUCAUUGGCCAAGACAAAGACAUUGGCAUAGAUACGAUCUUCAAAGAAUCCGACUCCUUAUCCUUUGCAACAUUCACACUUAAUACUGUAAUCGGUGGCAUGGAAUUCUUUGAGAGGCAUAUUGUUGAAGGGGAUGCGCUUCACUCUGAGACUCUCAAGAAAUGGUUUGCCAUCACUUCCCAGGCGCUAAAUGACCAGGAUCCAGCAACUUUUCUAUUUGAUCCCACCAUACUGCUGGUGGGCGUGAUAAAUCACAUUAGGGCCACCAUAAUCAACAAUCAUACCUUUGAUAUCCAAGGGAAAAAGUCAAUUGCGAUCCCUUUCGCUUUCAUUCGCAGUUGGUUUGACAUCCUGUUGGCUUUACUGAAAGGACCGGAGAAAGAUAUCACGGUUAGACAGCUGCUUGAUUUAGGGAGGGUUGUUAACUGA